CCGAGUGGCGCCAUUUCUCUGUUGCUGUGAAGGAAAGCCAAGAGACGCUCAUGAAUCGAACUGGGCGAUGGUGGAAGCUCCGCCGCCGCGGUGCACCCGGCGAGCUCGAUGACGAUGAUCCCUUCUCUCUCCCAUCGCACGACGAUCUCCAACCAAUGGACACCCAAGAGCAAGAGGAUAUGAUCCUCUCUUUCGAGAAGAAUCAUGCUCAACAAAAUCGUCUCUGGAGGGGCGUUUUUGCAGUUUUUCUCAUUGGUUAUGCUGCUUUCUCGAUGUACUCCGCUUUUUACCAAGCUCUGUUUCCAUGGGAUCUGCGUUAUCAUGCUUACUUCAUGGAAGAGAUGCAACCGUGGAUUGUAAUCUUAGCAGAUUGGGUUGCUGUUCUCGCUUGUUUGUUCGCAGUCAAGGGGCUUGUUGAUAGGUCAAGUUCUUACCAGCAGUGGUUUUGGUUUUCAUGCUGUGCAAGCCUAUUUUUGACUGUCUUUUGGUUAUAUUACAUGCUCAGGCUGCCAAAGUUCCGGUGGGAUGUAAUUUGGCUUCCUUUGGGGCCUUUAAGUGGGUCUGGAAUCUGCUUUUAUAUAGACCAUCUGCUGAAGGAGUCGUUUGAAGAUAUAAGAAAGUUGCGCGGUUACAUGUACAAUUAUAAAACCAUAUGAGAUCAUGUGCACUUCUUUCAGUCAGAUGUUUCAAUUGCAUCACUCAUCCCAGCAACAUCUGGAUGCACUCUGACUUCAUAAACUCCGGCAAAUGCUUAUUUAUGGAUCUAGAAGUCGUAUCUCAUUUGAUAUUCUGGGCAGACAGGAAUCUUUCCCAAUCUUGCAAAUAUAAACAAUGUAAAGAAUCUUGUGCAUGGAGCCAAAAUCCUGAUUGUCAUGAACCUUUUUUGUUUCUGUGUUUUUUAUUUUAUUUUAUUUUUUUGGGGGCCCUUUUCUCAGAAAGGAGUGCCUGAAACAAAUUUGUGCUUAUUUCCUUUUAAGGUCAGGAAAUGCAGGCGAAGUUACUUUA